UCGGAAUUCAGGGGAAGAAAAAGAAGUGCAGAACUGAGUCCAUCGGAAUUCGUAUGGAGAAGGUGGAAGCGGCGAAGAGGCGAUGUGAAGUAGUGAUUGAGAGAAUCUCUUCCGCAAACAUCAACCAUCUUUGUAAGCGCACCCUCUUCAAGUUGGCCACAGCCGAGCUAUCUUUCCUCUCUCGCCUAACCCUCCCUGAUGCAGCCGCCCCCCUCAGUGUCAACAUAGGGCAUCUCGAGGCGGUUCUCUAUAUUCUUCAGCAGCCUUUCAUAACUGCUGUUUCAAGGGUAUGCAAGCCGCUGUCACUCUCUUCAGGAAUUGGAAAUGAGCAGAAGAUUGCUCCUUCUUUGAAAGGCAUCCAUGUGGAUGUGGUGUGCACUCUCAAUAAAACCCCAGUAUGGAUUAUUGUGUCUGAUAGGAAUCCAAGAUAUGUUUCUUGGCAUGAGGGUCACAAGAGCAAGGGUUUGAAGUGGAGAAUCGAGCAGGUCCUUGUUGCAGCUCGGUCUACUCAGACAUUAAGACCUUCCUCAAUUAUUCUUUUCUUCUCAAAUGGACUUGUUGAUUCUAUUCGUGAGAAGCUGGAAGGUGAAUAUGGGGCCUUGGAGCUUGAAUUGAAGUUCACUGCCUUUGAUUUUGAUUUUGAUGAUUCUGAGGAAUUAGAAGGUGAGUGGGUGAAUGUGCUCGUGAGAUCAUAUAAGGACGCAUGUGUUCUAGAAAUUGAGGUUGAUAACACCACAAACUCCAUCUCAAGCUUUAAACAUGGAGUCAAAGAUUCAAUUCAGGAUAUUUCAUCACCCAAGCUCGAAGAGAAAAAUGCUAAUCUAAACUUGGGUGAUUCUUUUUGUUCAUUUCUUUCAAGUAUGAAGUUCUGUGUGGAAUCUACAAAGGCAGAGGAUUUGUCAGGAGAAGAAGACGUUAUAAACUUUGAUACGACAGCUUUGAUUGCUAUUGUAUCGGGAAUUAGCAAUGGUUCCAUUGAGAAACUUUUGGCUGUGCCAGAGUGUAAGCUACGACAGCGUUUUAAGGGAAACUAUGAAUUUGUGAUUGAACAGGUGAUGUCUGAAAUUAAGAACCCAAUACAUGCGGAGCUGAAUGGUAUGAUUUCUGGAAUGAGAGGCAUGAUAUGUGAAAGUGUUUUGAGAGAGUUCAAGGAGUUAAUAUCGAUGUGUGGAGGGCCUACUGAAAAGUGUAGAGCUGAUCAUCUUCUAAAAUGCCUCAUGGUUGUGCCUGACAGUCCCUCAGAACGCAUGAUGGAACUUCCGACAACCAGAAAGCUGGCAUUGAAAAACAAGAUUGUUUUUGGAUCAGGGGAUUACUGGCAUGCUCCGACUUUGACAGCAAACAUGGCAUUUGUGAGAGCAGUUGCACAGACUGGGAUGUCCCUCUUUACACUUGAGCAUAGACCAAGAGCCUUAACUGGUGACUAGCUACAUAGUUAAUCAUGGAACUAACUACAGAGGAAUGUGAUUUAUGCAGAACCAUUACUUGUUUUAGGAUACCUGAUCACUGGUAAGACAUCCUAAGCUAUCUCCUCAUUUAUUGUUGAGUUCAUUUUGCAGAUAGUUUCUAUGUCUAACAUAUUAGCAUAGCAGUUAGGUACAUAAAGUCCAAUAUAUGGUAUAUGGUUAACGGUACUUGAUUGAUGUUAGAGCAUAUGGAGGACUAGCUUUUUGGCUGUUUGAGUACUAAACAGGAUUUUUCAUUUUAUCAGGCUGCUGGUAUUUCCCUGAUUGGUUGAAGACCUGUGUUUCUCAAUAAAUAGCAUGUGUAUUU